AAAUGCCCCCUUUCUUUUAUAUUUUCCCGCCUACAAAUAAAAAUGUCUUCUUUCGAAUUCUGCUGCUGAAAAGACAGCAAUCCGAACGUUGGACCUCAAUUUUCACACAACAAUUACAUCUAUGGCUUCACAAAUAGGUGAUCUCUGGGCAAAACUCGUCGAGGAAGAAGCGGAAAAUCAGCGGCCAGUUGGACUUCCAGAGCCGGAAAUUGCAGUAAUUUACCAGAGACAGAAGGCCGAUGUUAUUAUCCCUCAGAAAAACGCACCAAGGCGGCAAUCGAAUUCAAGUAGCGAGAAUGGGAAUCGAAAGAGUCUUGCCCCGGUGAAGCGAGUCAGUUGGAAUCGGUCCCUUUCCACUAGAGGAAGGACAAGCAUUGCUGCUACUGGAUUUGUGGAUCAUCAACCACAACAAAGAAAACCUAGAAGAAACGCUAAACCACCACUUCCUAAAAAAAAAACCGUACAACCACCCAAUUACGACAAAGAAAAAGCAUAUUUUGAAGAGGUUGAUGCCUUUGAAUUGCUAGAAGAAAGCCCCUCGCCAAAGAAACCCGGUACUUGGAAAAUGGGCGCCCAAGUCGAUGAUGACGUCGUCAUACCGUAUUUGUCGUCAGUGUUGCAGAAAUGGCUGAUCUCCAAGAAACUAAACCAAUCAUACGCAUUCCGUGGCUCACUCUCUCGUUGUUCGCUUUCUAAAAUAUUGGAAACUCCCGCGUUAGACCACGACCCUAUUUCUCACCGCAGUUUUUCGUCUUCAACCACAAAGACACCGAACUAUCAAGAAUUACCUCUGAGCUUAUAUUCUAUACAGCAAAGGUUUAAUUCGAGCUUGAACGAUAAGAAGCACCUAUCCGGAAUGUCGAUCCAGGAGAUAGACGAAGAUAUUGAAGUUGCGGUUGGUAAACUGUCUUUGACUUCAAGGCCUUCAAUGGCUGGUCACGGUUGGGAUUCUUUUUCAGCUCUUUUGACUGCUUGUGGGCAGUCGGUUCCUUCAACACUAGCAGAUAUGUUAUUGAGUUACUGCGACAGAGAGAAUAUUACUAAGGUUGGAGAAGGAACAUAUGGAGAAGCUUUCAAGGUCGGCAAUAAUGUUUGCAAAAUCGUCCCAUUUGGUGGAGAUUUACGAGUCAAUGGAGAAGUUCAGAAGAAACCGGAAGAAUUAUUGGAGGAGGUUGUUCUUUCCUGCACUCUAAAUCAUCUAAGAGGAAUUGACGGUGAGGUAUCGAAUGCCUGCACUACCUUCAUAAAAACAAUCGAUUUGAGGGUGUGCCAAGGAUAUUAUGAUGCUUCUCUAAUACGUGCAUGGGAAGACUGGGAUACGAAGCAUAGUUCAGAAAACGAUCAUCCUAAGGAAUUUCCUGCAGAUCAGUGUUUUGUCAUUUUCGUUCAAGAACAUGGCGGUCGAGAUCUUGAAAGCUUUGUGCUUUCGAAUUUUGACGAAGCACGGAGUUUAUUAGUACAGGUCACUUUGGCAUUGGCUGUAGCUGAGGCUGCAUAUGAAUUUGAACACCGAGAUUUGCACUGGGGAAAUAUUUUGUUAAGUCGGAAAGAUUCUCGUACUCUGCAAUUCACUCUUGAAGGAAAAAAGAUUCAAGUCAAAACUUUCGGAUUGCUAGUGUCCAUAAUUGAUUUUACACUCUCGAGGAUGAAUACAGGGGAAGAUAUACUCUUUUUGGACCUAUCAUCUGACCCCGAAAUUUUCGAGGGUCCAAAGGGAGAUAAACAAGCGGAUACUUAUAGGAAGAUGAGGGAUGUCACUGAUGAAUGUUGGGAAGGAAGUUUCCCGAAGACGAACGUGCUGUGGCUGCAAUACUUGGUCGAUAUUUUGCUAUUAAAGAAGUCCUAUGAAAGAACCUCGAAAAAUGAAAGAGAAUUACGAUCUCUGAAGAAGCGGUUAAAUAACUAUGGUUCAGCUAAAGAGGCUGCCUCGGAUGCUUUCUUCACCGACUUAUUGGUCGACGGAUAAUUAAUCGUGGCGCUGGAUUUAGACGUUUUUUUCGUUUUAUUACUUUUGAAAAACUAAUGUAGUGCAUUUAGAAACCAACUUGGUUGCUGCCAUUAACCUAUGCUGGGAUUGUAACAAACACAAGAUCGAUCUAAGGAAAGAGAAGGGACUAUCUGAUUUUAUUGUGAGUUUACGGUAUCUAAUUUGUUCGGGGAAUCAAUUGUAUGACUCGUUCUUAAGUUACUAAUGUAUUUGUUGUAUGUUUCGUG